AAGUGAGCAAAAAAUCUCAACUUUUUACUCUUUUCAAAAUAUUAGGUAAAAAUAAAAGUUUAGAUGGGGAAGAACUGAGAAAAUGGGGACAAAUAUAUCUCAACUUGAACGAGACAUUGGAUCUGACUUUCCAGCAAAUGAACACUACUUUGGAUUAGUUAAUUUUGGGAAUACAUGCUACAGCAAUUCAGUGUUACAGGCAUUAUAUUUCUGUAAACCUUUUCGAGAAAAAGUCUUGGAAUAUAAGCUUAAAAACAAAAGAAACAAGGAAACACUUUUAACAUGUCUCGCCGAUUUAUUCUAUUCAAUUGCAACUCAAAAGAAAAAAGUAGGCUCUAUUGCUCCGAAAAAGUUCAUAGCGCGACUUAGAAAGGAGAAAGAGGAAUUUGAUAAUUACAUGCAACAAGAUGCACACGAAUUUCUUAAUUUUCUCAUUAAUCAUAUUAAUGAAAUAAUUCUAGCUGAAAGGAAUCAAGGUAAAACAAAACCGACAACAAAUGGUGUUAUUCUUGGAGAGAAUGAAACUAAUAACAACAGCAGCACUUCAACUUCUGAGCCGACAUGGGUACACGAGAUUUUUCAAGGUGUUCUUACCAGUGAAACGCGAUGCUUAAAUUGUGAAACAAUCAGUAGCAAAGAUGAAAACUUUUUUGAUCUCCAAGUGGAUGUCGAUCAAAACACAUCAAUAACGCAUUGCCUCAGAUGCUUCAGCAACACUGAAACCCUCUGUAGUGAUAAUAAAUUUAAGUGUGAUAACUGCUGUUCGUAUCAAGAGGCUCAGAAACGAAUGCGAGUCAAGAAACUUCCGAUGAUCCUUGCACUGCAAUUAAAACGUUUCAAGUACAUGGAGCAAUAUAACCGUCAUAUUAAAGUAUCGCAUCGUGUCGUAUUUCCACUCGAAUUGAGAUUGUUUAAUACUUCUGAUGAUGCUGUGAACCCCGAUCGCAUGUACGACUUAAUGGCUGUUGUUAUUCAUUGUGGUUCAAAUACCAAUCGAGGUCACUAUAUAAGUAUUGUCAAAUCCCAUGGGUUUUGGCUUUUGUUUGAUGAUGACAUGGUCGACAAAAUCGAUGCUUCAACUAUUGAAGAUUUCUACGGACUUACUAGCGACAUCCAGAAAUCGUCAGAAACUGGCUACUUGUUGUUUUAUCAAUCAAGAGAUGCAGAAAAAUGAUUGAAUUUAAAAUAUGCCAUGAUUUGUAUCAAUUUUAAUUUAUUCUUAUUUUUUCUUUAGAUGCAUUAUUGCAGCUAAAAUGAAGAUCAAAAUGUCAAAUUCACAUAAUAGAUUAUGAUUGUAAAUUGAAACAUGAUAUCAAAUUUUAAAAUUGUGUGCUGUUAUCAGUUGAGAAUGGCAAAUAAAUAUUUAAUGAUAGAUAAAACUCCAUCUGAAGUCAAUGUUUAAAGCUUUUCAGGAAAUUUUUCAUGUGAUCAAAACAAGUCUAAAAAUAAAUUAUUUAUAAGAAAAGACAGAAGUCCCUACUUAACAUUCAUAUUUAUUGCUAAGGAGUCGUUGAAACCCCUUGAAUUUCAUGCUCCAUUUGAAGUCUUUACAGAAAUCGUUUUAAAACUUUUUUUCUUUUCGAUUCUGUACAAAUCAAUUCUGUGUAUGCUUCAUGGUGCUUAACGCACCACCCGCU